AUGUCGCGCAGGCGCAUUGCACCCCACAGCCGCGCCCGCGGGGGCGGGGCGGGGGGCCGAGUCCGGCCUGGGAGCUCGUCGUCGUCGUCGUCGUCGUCGUCGCGGGAAGCUUGCGAGGCGGCGCUGCGUGGCCCAAGCACCAUGGCGGCCCCGGGCGCUGUCCCCGGCGGGCUGGCCCUCGGCGGCGCCGCGCUGCUCCUGCUGCUCGUGCCCGCGGCCGUGGCGCAGGUGCCUCUCCCCGCCGGUUGUGCUCAGUACACAAACAGAUCCUGUGAAGAAUGCCUCAAGAACGUCUCGUGCCUGUGGUGCAACACGGACAAGGCUUGCUUGGACUACCCCGUUAGGAAAAUCUUGCCCCCUUCUUCUCUUUGUGACUUGAGUUCUGCUCGCUGGGGUGUUUGCUGGGUGAACUUUAAGGCCUUGAUCAUCACCAUAUCGGUGCUGGGCGGCGCUGUGCUUCUGGGCAUUGCUGUCUGCUGCUGCUACUGCUGCCGGAGGAAGAAGAGCCGGAAGGCGGAUAAGAGUGACGAACGGGCCAUGAGGGAGCAGGAGGAGAGGAGGGCGCGGCAGGAGGAGAGGAGAGCAGAGAUGAAGUCAAGACAUGAUGAAAUCAGGAAAAAAUAUGGUUUGUUUAAAGAACAAAACCCAUAUGAGAAGUUUUAAACAUCUUGUACACGCUUCCAACAGAUCACAGCCCAAAACUUUGUGGGAGACGCACUCCCCAGCCUGGCCUGCAGACCUGCACCACCCCAGCCUCCUGCCAGCGCCGGCAGCGGGGAGGGGCCUUGGGAGGACAAUCCUGCUCUUGUCCCUGCAAGCUGUGUCCUGUUCCCUCUGUCUGUUUUGUAUGUAAUCACUUGAGACAUUAAUCUUGUUGGUCUUUUAUUUGGAGGAAAUGUACUUUCUCCUCACACUCUGCCAGCUGAUUAUAAAGUAAGCAGCCUAGGGUCCUAUCUUGCUGCUGAGUUGAGCCUUGCUGCGGAAUUCCUGAGCCCCUCGCGCUGUGGCUUUCCAUGGCCACAGUGAGACACGUUUGCUUCCCUUCGGUGAGAACUGACCCAUCCACCCUUACUUCCCCAAGGUGUCUGCACACCGCUUACCACAGAGCCUUGUUCUGGGAAGGCAUGGUGUCCCUGUGCCUGGUCUGGGAGGACGUGCUCCUUACCAGGUGUACCCAGCAGCACAGAGUAUAAAACACUAUCUUUUUUAGAAACAAUUGCAAAUUACUAGAUUCCCUCCAGGAAGUGAUCUCACCAAGAAACCAUUCAUGAAAGCUCAAGGCCCUUCUUGGACAUUGGUUUCCGCUUGUCUUUAGAAGACCAUGCUGUUCCCCCUUGGGGAACCCAGGUUGUAAAUGAGGUUUGAGCCCCCAUGAGACAGCCAGUGCCUGCCCAUCCUUGCUGUAGCCACAGGUCUUUGGAGGGCUUUGUCAAGGAGAUGGGCACAUGGAAAUCACGGAGGAUUGAAAGUCUGCUCGGAGCCUGGAGGGGCUUUCCAAAGGCUGCUCCUCAGGGAAGCUGAGAGCGUAAGAGGCUGGCUUGUCCAGGGCUAGCUAGGGAGACUCCUACCUGCCUGAGUAGACACCCCGCGCCUUGCUUCCAGUGGGGCUUCAUGAAGCCACCCAUAGUAAAGUGUACAUUUCUCCAAAAUCAAGGUUUGUGACUAGUAAGCAGACUGAAUUUGAUGGAGGUUUCUUUACAGCUAGGUGCUGUAAAGUAAAUAGAAGCUUUUCUUAAAUUUGACAAUGGCUUUGAGUAAAAUUCUUCCUCUUGGGAAAGCAGGCUGACAGCGCUCGCUCGGGAUGGCUAUGCCAAGGAAAGCCCACCUCGGCCUGUUGGCCUUUCCAGCCAGGUCUGUCUGUCCAGGAGUUCACUAUGCCCUCAGACUUUUCCCACACUAAGGAAAUGACCUUUGCCAACUUCUUCAUCUCACCUUCUGACUCAUUAGGCAUCUGCUGUAAAGUACUGCCAGACGUGCCUUAGCCUUUAUAGCAGCCAUGAGACUUGAUUUCCUACUGUUUAUUCAUACCAGAAGCUUUCUAAUAAGGCUGUAAUGAACUUUAUAUUAAUACAAUAGCGUGCCUUUCAUUUAGGUUGCUGAUCAGGUAUUUAAGUAACCAAUGAUUAGAGUAUUUAAUUUUCAAGCCACGUAGAAACGCAGGUGCUCACGGUUCCGGCCUGGGUCCACGUGCUCGUCCCGAACAGCGUGAAGAGCAGCCACGAAACUAAGCUGCUAGGCCCACAAACUCCGUGCCUUACUUUUUAACCACUUUCCAAUAAAACGAUUGAAUAAUG